UCCCAGCCCCACCCCAACCCCAACAUUCAACACCUCAAAGAAUAAGCAGCAAAAACAGGACUUCUCAACUGAUAAUUACUCAUUAUGUGGAUAUCUUUGAACGACAAAUUUCUCUCUCUCUCUCUUUGUGAAGAAUAAGGAUAUCAAUUAGGCCAAGUCGCUGACAAGUAACUAUCCCUACCCUCAAUUGUUGCUCGUAAAUCUGUCCACUACGUGAAUUUUCACAGUUAGGUCGAAUUUUUACUUCCAAAUUAGUUUGAUUUGCUUGCAAAUCUUGCUAACUUUUGACAUGGGGUUCGUUGUAUUUUUUUACAGGUGAUUAGUCUAUUUCUCUCUUUGACAAAUUCAAACGGGUACAUAAAUUCUCCUCCAACCUCUGUUUUGCUCUGUUUCUUUGCUUCCACCUGUGCUUAAUAUCCAUGGCCACUCUCAAAUUUUCUUCUCUUCUCUGAAUAUGGCUUCUCUUUCUCGGUUCCUCUAUCAAAAUCUUUUUUUGUCGCUUACUACCGCGUUUGCCUCUGUUUCCACCUAUUUGUCUCCUCUGUUCAGCUUCAUCACCACUUUCUUCCUCAGAUUAAGAAGGGGUAAUGCUUCAUUAAACAAGAAUCCAGACUUUAAAGAAGACUAUAAAAAAGAAUCUGCUUUUUCAGAGGCAGAACGACAGUUAGAUUCUGAGUCUGAAGCUUUUAAGGAUGCUUCUGAAUUCCCAGAUUCGGAAAAUAAUGGGGAGGUACAAAAAACUGAGUUCAGUUUUACAUUUAGAUUUCCAUCCUAUGAAGAAUUCUGUAAGAGCAGGGAAGAAAAAGGUGAAUUUGUUAGCUCUAAAUGGAUGCCCUCCACGUGUAACCAUAAGUCCCUAACAGAAACAGAGGUUGUUGAAACAGAGGAUUUGAAAGAAGUUCAUAGUAAAAGUGAAGCCUUUAAUGAGGAAGAAAAAGGGAAUUCAGGUAACUUAACGUGUGAUGAAGAGGAAAUGGAGAAAAGUGAAGAACUCAAUUCCGUGAAAGGAGAAUCAAAUAUUAGUGAUGAGUUUCUGUUUGAAUCUGAGAAGGAUUCAUUAACUGAUUCUGAUAGUGUGUCAAUUGGUUUUGAGCAUAUUCGUUACCUUAUGAAUAAAUUAGUUGAUCAGUAUAGUGAUGGCUUCUUGACUGAUGAAGACUUUGGUGGUGAAUUUGAGCAUAAUGAAAAACUAAGUGAUUUUGAAAUGUCUGAGGAAAAUCAAGAAUCUGAAGAUUCUGAUAGUGAUAUAAUGGAAGAGCUAAGGAAAUUAGAACAUGAUCAAGCACAACAAUUUUUAUCUGAGGAUGAUUUUCAAGAAACUGUCAAGUUAAGAAAUGAAGAUGCAAACAAGUUGGAGACGUUGUGGGAACAUCAAGAAUUAAUUGAACAAUUAAAAAUGGAACUUAGAAAAGUUAGAGACACGGGUUUGCCUACCAUUUUGGAAGAAUCAGAGUCUCUAAAAAUGGAAGAUUUGCAGCCAUGGAAAAUUGAGGAAAAGUUUCAACGUGAAGAUUGCAUGACUGAACUUCAUAAGUUUUAUAAGAGUUAUAGAGAAAGGAUGCGCAAAUUUGACAUCUUGACGUACCAGAAGAUGUACGCAAUAGGUUAUCUGCAGAAAGAUCCGUUAAACGAUCCAUUUCAACAUAUCUCAAGCCAGAAAUCUUCAGGUCCAAAACUAAAAUCCCUUAUUUCACAAAAUAUUCGGCUAUUGAAGCAUAAAAGACAUGACAAUAUUGACCCAAUGGUAAAGUUUAUCAAAGAAUUGCAGAGUGAUCUGGAAGUCAUAUACGUUGCACAGAUGUGUCUUUCUUGGGAAUUUCUGCACUGGCAAUAUGGGAAGGCUUUAAGUUUGUGGGAUUCUGACCCUCGUGGUGUCCGUACAUAUAAUGAAGUUGCUGGAGAGUUUCAGCAGUUUCAGGUUCUCUUGCAAAGAUUUAUAGAAAAUGAACCUUUUCAAGGGCCUAGAGUUCAAUAUUACAUCAAGAGUCGAUAUGAUCUUCGUAAUCUUCUUCAAGUUCCUGUCAUAAGAGAGGACAGAAUGAAAGCCAAAAACAAGGCUAGAGCUGGAGAAAAGGAUGAUUAUUUCAUAACAAGUGACAUGCUAGUUGAGAUAAUGGAAGAAUCAAUUCGAAUAUUUUGGCAAUUUGUUAGAGCUGACAGAAAUUGCUCCAACAUGAUGGUGAAGGGUCAAAAUAGGAAACGUCGAGAGUUUCAAGCACCAGAAGAUUUGGAGCUUUUAAUGGACGUCAAAAGAAGUCUUGAAAAGAAAGAAAAGAAGCUGAAACAUGCUUUGAGAGGUGAAUGCUGCAUACUGAGGAGGUUCAGGAAACACACGGAAGAUGAUGAUUCAGAAUCAGAUCAUGUACUCUACUUUUUCUCUCAAGUAGACAUGAAAUUAGUAGCUAGGGUCCUCAACAUGUCCAGGCUAACAAAAGAUCAACUAGUCUGGUGUCACAACAAAUUAAGCAGGAUUAGUUUCGUGCAUAGGAAAAUAUAUGUAGAUGCUUCUUUUUUGCUCUUCCCUUGUUAAUAUAAGCUUUUUUUUUUUUUCCCUUUUCCUGUUAGGGUAAUUAUCAGUAUGCCUUAAAGGUCAAUUCUUUUGUAGAAAUAUCUUUCCUUCAGGUUGUUACCAUUUUCAUGCAGGCAAAAAGAAAAGAUCCUGUAUGUGUAUAGGAAAGUUGGGGUUAAAAAUUGUUUAUUGUCAAGAAUGGGAUUCGAACCCAUGCCCUUUCGGACCAGUACCUGAAACUGGCGCCUUAGACCAACUCGGCCAUCUUGACUUGUUAGUUUUGUCUUUCGAAAAAAGUAUGUAUAACGUAGUUAUACUACUUAUCCAACAUCUCUACCAACUACGUUAUCUUCUUUUAGUUCCUAUCCUCAAUUUACUUGUACCUAUUUUACAAACAUAAGGCCAUUGAAGAGUCAGCUCUCAUGGUUUUUCCGAACUCCUUGGGCUGACAAGGAAUUUGUACAGA